UUUACUGAGUAUUUUGGUCAUGUCUGGUCGCGGCAAGGGAGGUAAAGGGCUGGGGAAAGGGGGUGCCAAGCGGCACAGGAAGGUGCUGCGGGAUAACAUCCAGGGCAUCACUAAGCCUGCCAUCCGCCGCUUGGCUCGGCGUGGGGGUGUGAAGCGAAUCUCGGGGCUGAUCUAUGAGGAGACCCGCGGAGUGCUGAAGGUGUUUUUGGAGAAUGUGAUCCGGGACGCCGUCACUUACACGGAGCACGCCAAGAGGAAGACUGUCACGGCCAUGGAUGUGGUCUACGCUCUCAAGCGCCAGGGCCGCACUCUCUACGGCUUUGAAGAGUUUGACAUUGCUCUGAAGGCCUGUAGUGACACUAGCUGCUUAAGUAUGUCUGGUCGAGGCAAAGGCGGUAAAGGGCUGGGGAAAGGGGGUGCCAAGCGGCACAGGAAAGUGCUGCGUGAUAACAUCCAGGGCAUUACCAAGCCUGCCAUUCGGCGCUUGGCACGGCGUGGGGGUGUGAAGCGAAUCUCGGGGCUGAUCUACGAGGAGACCCGUGGGGUGCUGAAGGUGUUUUUGGAGAACGUGAUCCGGGACGCCGUCACUUACACGGAGCACGCCAAGAGGAAGACUGUCACGGCCAUGGACGUGGUCUACGCUCUCAAGCGCCAGGGCCGCACUCUCUACGGUUUUGGCGGCUAAGCGCACCUUCCCGUGCCGCGAACUGCGAGCGAUAGAUACUCCCCAAAGGCCCUUUUUAGGGCCACCCACAUUCUCCUUUAAAAGAGCUGUGUUUCGUUUCCUUCUUUAGCUUUGCUCUAUUGUUCGGGGUCUCUUAGCUUGUGAGGAAUUUUUAAAAGUAACAUUUGCAAACCUCAGGCCUCCUUACUCUUAGGAAAUGGAAACAAGAAUGGAUUUUGGCCAAAAGCUUUUGUGCUGCUUUGUAAAUUGACAAGUGUUAUCACCAAUUUUAGCUAUCCUCAGUAUUGGCUGACCUUAAGACUAGGGCGUGAAGCGAUCUGAGCGGGGAAAGGCGUGUGACCAAACCGAAGCUGUCAACCUAUCAGGGAUCCGUUUGUGUGAUGACUAACAGGAAUGUUUCGCUCGAAAAGCCAAUCAGAAUGCAGCGCGCCAUCUGCAGAAGUUAUUCCCGCCGGCUUUUCAUUUGGGAUUCUUGAGUCACUUUGGGUUAAAAAUUAGCGUCCCCUCUACUUUAUGGGCCCCACUUCUCUCCACACUUAAGCAAAAAAAGGACGUCUCUGCUCUAGGAGCUAACGACUUAGUAAAAGCCUUACUGGAACGGGUGGGAGAGUAUGACUAGAAAAGGGAGUGAAGACAAAGAGAGCUCUAGAUUCUCCAAGUGACCUCCAUACGCAGAAAGAACAUGAAAGACUUUAGCAUCCUGGGAAGAGCCUGGAUGGAGGACUAAUGGAAAAAUAGUGACAUGAGUCACACAGGAUGAAAAGGAAUG